AUGGACUCGUCCAUCGUGUCCCAAGUCCAGCGCAAGAUCGAGCUCCAAUCGCCCGAGGACCUGGCCUACCUCGUCGCCAACGUCCGCCACGCCGCGGCCGCCCGCGUCAACGAAGCCUUCCCGCAGGCCGACCGCCACGACGAGCUCCGCAACCAGAUCGAAGCCCAGGUCAACCAGUACAUCGAGCAGACGUUCGCGCUCGCCCUGCCCAACCUCUCCAUCAACGGGCUGCCCGUGUCGCCGGCGCACCUGGCGGGGGCGGCGGGCGGCGGGGCCGAGGCCGAGGCCGUGGCCUACGAGCCCUUUGACGGGCGCAAGCGCCAGCGCGUGGCGGACCUCGUCGCCCGCGAGGAGAAGCUGCUGGAGGAGGUGGCCGCGCUGAAGCGCAGCGUGCCCGCGGCGGCGGCGGCCCAGCAGGCCCGCCUGGUGGGCGAGGGCGUCGCCCGCGACGAGGAGCAGGCGGAGCGGCGCAAGGCCCUGCUGGCGCGGAGGGCCGCGGGCGCGGGCGCGGCGGCGCUGUCGGUGGCGGCGCUGGACCGGCAGGCCGCCGUCGAGGGCGCCUUCGCGGCCGCCGUCGACGCGCUGCAGCGGCUCAAGAGGGACAUGCCGGCCGUGGUGGCGAGGAUGGAGAGGGCGCGGGUGGCUGCCGAGUACGUCGUCGGGGAUGGCAAGUGA